AAUGACUGAAGUCGUAAAUGCCGACAAAAUAAAAACGAUUCGCGCGUACUACAAGCUGUGCCAAAAGCCGGAGAAUCGAGCAGUCGUGCUUAAGGACAAAACAUUUUUCCACACUCUCCCAACGCUCCUCAAGGACGAAAGCUCCGAUGUCAUCAGAUACACGGUUAAAAUCCUCGUUUUGCUCACAGAGCAGUCGGGGAACAUCGAGCAACUGCUGAAAUCCGCAGAUUUACUUCCAGCAUUGUCGGAAGCCUGCGAAAAUAUCACAAAUCCCAGUGUCAACUAUAACUUGGUCCUUGUCUCGAGUAGGAUUCGAGUAGUGAAGAAUUCGCUGGAUGCCAAAAGAGCCGAGAAAGAGCCUCUAGCCGAUGCGAUCAAAGAGCUCGACAAGGGCGGAACUCUUCACCGAAAAUUCGUUGGAAGAAAGUCAAAGCAGAUUAUUAUGGAAUUCGAUGCGGAGGAAUUCGAUGAAACGAAGAAGCUGUCAGUUGAGAGAGGCCUUCUGAAGAAAAAAGGAGUAAUCAGUGUAUAUAUAACCGAGCAGAACUCAAUUCCACGCGCCGUGCUCCGCACAAUCCCGACAAUCGAAGCCAAGGACAUUGCGCAGUCCGUUUUCGCCGCCGCCGGAUUCGAGUACGUCGCGCAGUUAGUGAAAGUGAACGGAAUCGACGAGAAAUUCGAGUUUUACGCGUCAGAGAUGGGCAAAAUCACGGAAAACUCGAAAGAUUACCCCGAAUAUUUGGAUGAUGAUGUGCUUCACGUGGAUCCGGCAAGUUGUGUGAUAACUAAUGAGAUGGCUGCCCAUGGAAGUGGUCAAGAGGGCGGAUGGUUCAGUUCGAUCACUUCAUUCGUCAAAACUUCCCUCUGGUGAUGGAAGGAAUUCUCGGAUUAUCUCGGAAAAUCUCGAAAAAAAAUGUAUUAAAGUACUACGGUUUCUUCUUUGUUAUCUCAAUAUUUUCUUUUUUCUCCUGUUUCUCGUUUUUUUUGAGAUCUCUUUCUGGUAUUAUCACCGCACAGGCAUAUAAAUCGUUUCACACUGGUUUUU